GGUGGGGGGCGAAGGCCGGAAGUGCGGCCAAGGCGGAGGCGGGAAAUUCCGCGCAGGGGGAGCUCCGAGAUCGCGCAGACGGGAGUCCCUAUCCAGGAGCCGAGUAUCCUCAGACAAGUGGCUUCCCCUCUCUGGGCCCCAAUUUCUUGCUAGGUGAAAAAACGGAGGGCGUUCGCGGGGUUAGAUUGUGUGAGAUCUAAGAGGCAGCGCGCCCCGCCCUCAACAGGCGCGCAGCAAAUGGGCAGCCUCUCCGCCCCUCAGUCUCCAGUCUGUGAAAUGGGAACCGGUUCGAGGAGGGCGGGGAACCCAGGAGUCCAGGUGCCACGGUGAGGAGCGGCGGGUAAGGGGCACCCCUCCCUCCUUCAGGCCUCUGCUUCCCCACCGGCACCGCCCCCUCCCGGUUCUGAGGCCGCGAGUUGGCCAGCGCGCAUGCCCGGGGCGGGGCGCAGGGCGGGAGAGCGGAGCUAGCUCGGAGGACGGCUGCACGGAGUCCGCCCGCCAGCCCGGCCGGAGGCAGCCGAGGCCGCUCGGGCGGCGGCGGCGGCGGCGGCGGCGGUGGCGGGAGCUGGAGCGCAGCGCGCGGAGGAGACGAAGCGGCGGCACAGCCGGAACCAGAUGUAAACCUGGGGGCCAAGUGUGGUCAUGAUGGCAAUUGGGCAGUGCUGAAGACCCAGGCUGGCUCCAGCUGCUUCCAAAGGACUCCAUCCGCCCAGGACCCCAGUACAUAGCCCUCUGCCACCCACAGGAUGGGAGCCCGGGGUCUGGCGGCCUGGCCAUGAAGGAGCGCUGCCCUUCCCAGCAAAGGGCCAGCCCUGCACCCUCCAGACAAACCACCACCCAAAGCCCAGGCAUGGACUCUAGACACAGCAGCCCCAUUGGGGCUGGGGAAGGGGCCUCCUGCUCUGAGGGCCCUGACGGGAGCCUGGCUUACCCUUCCCUGACCUGCAUACUUCCCCAAGAGGCAGCCGCCAAGGAAACAUUAGGAACAGAUGGAGCCUUGAUCUCAGGGACACCAGAAACCACCCUCUCUGGGAAGCCAGAGCCUGUGUCCUCAGUGAAAACUGGUAUUUCAUCCUCAGAGAACAGAAAUUCUCUGUUCUUAGAGAAGAUGGAUUCCAAGUCUUCAAAGCAGGCUGAUGCCAUUUCCAUAGGAAAGGAAGAUGCUGGGUCCUUGAGGAAGGCAGAUCCCAUGUUUACAGGAAAGACAGAGCCUGCAAUCUUAGGGAAGGGGGCUCCUGUGGCUUCUGAAAGGAUGGAUCCUAUGACCCCAAGAAAGGAGGAUCCUGGAUCCUUGGGGAAGGUAGAUCCUGAGUGCUCCGACAAGAUAGAUACAAUGGCCCCAAGGAGGGAGGAUCCUGGAUCCUUGGGCAAGGUGGAGCUUGCAUUCCCAAGAGAGGAGGAGCCCGGGAAUUCAGGAGAAGAGCUUCCAGUGUCUUCAGAAGAGGUGAGUCCCACAUCUGUGAGCAAGACAGCUCUUAUAUCCUUUGGGAAGAGAGAUCCUGAGUCCUCAGGAAAGGUGGGUCCCAUGACCUUGGAAAACAUGGAUUCUGCCUCUGCAGGAAAGACAGAUCCUGGGUCCUUGGGAUCAACUCCAGGGUCAUCAGGAAAAAUCAAGCCUGUAUCCCCUGGAACAAAAGCUCUAGGGUCAUCAGAAAGGGUGGAUCCUACUUCCCUGGGAAUGACAGAUCCUGUCUCUGUGUUAAAUGCAGAAACUGUGUCCUCCACAAAAGAGGACCCUCAGGUCUUGGGAAAGAUGGAUCCUGCCUCCUCAGGAAAGCAAGAUCCCAUGUCCAUGAGAAUGACAAAAACUGUGUCUGUUGGACAGGUGGAUCCCAUGUUUUCAGGAAAGAUGGAUACCACCUCUUUGAAAAAUAAAGAACCUGUAUCUUCAGGCAAGGUGAGUCCAGUGUCUUUGGGAAAAGUGGAUCCUGUGCCCUCAGGAAAGCCAGAGACCCUGUCUCCUGGGAAGGCAGAACCGACGUCUGGGGGAAAGACAGAAACUGCAUCCUCAGGAAAGGAGGACCCAGUGUCCUCCGGAAAGGUGGAUCCCAGUUCUGUGGGAAACAUAAAAACAUCAUCUUCCGGAAAAGUGAAUCCUGAAUCAUCAGGAAAGAUGGACCCUGUGUCCUCAGGUCCAGGGGGUCCCCCAUCCUCAGUAAAAGCUGAGGCAGUGACUGGGGGGAAAGCAGAUCUACUACCUUUGGAAAAGUCAGGUCCUGUGGCCCCUGGAAAGGUGGGUCCUGUGACCUCGGGGAAGGCUGAUUCCCCCACCUUGGGCAAAGUGGACCCUGUGAGCAAAGGAAAGACAGAAACUGUUGCCCCUGGAGACAAGGACCCCGUGUCGGCAGGAAAAGUGGCCCCCACUACCCUAGGGGGAACAGUCCCAGCAUCCUUGGGAAAAGCAGAAGCUGUCCCAGAGGGAAAGGUGAAUCCCCUGCCUCUAGAGAAGGACAAUCCUAUGAACUCCACGAAGCUGGAUCCCGGGGCCUCAGGGAAAGCAGAACCCAAGUCUGAGGGCAAAGCAGAAACAAAGCCCCCUGGGCAGGAAGGCACUGCAUCAUCAGGAAAAGAAGAGGCUAAAUCUUUGCAGAAGGAGAAACCGCUGACCUUGGAGAAGGGGGAUCCGGGAUCCUCAGGAAAAGCAGACCCUCCCGCUUCUGGGGAGCCUGCAGCCCUGGGGAAGACUGACUCUGUGCCGCCAAGGAAAGCAGAGCCUGCAUCCUCGGAGAAGGAGGCCCACCUGACUCUGCAGAAGGAGGAGGUCUCCUCUUCCAGGCAGGCAGAUGACAAACCCUGCGGCUCAGCUCCUUCUGCCGCAGGUCUUGGAGGCCGUAGGGAUCCAGCGCCACCUCCCAGUUCCCAGACCUCCAGCCUCAGCCAGAAGGACCCGGCGGCCGCUAGGGCGGAGAGCAGCCCGGGCCUGGAGGCUGUAGGGCAGCCGCCAGGGCCGCGGACUCGCGACAACUUCACCAAAGCGCCGUCGUGGGAGGCGAGCGCCCCGCCGCCGCGCGAGGACGCGGGCACGCAGGCGGGCGCGCAGGCCUGCGUGUCGGUGGCCGUGAGCCCCAUGUCUCCGCAGGACGGCGCGGGCGGCCCGGCCUUCAGCUUCCAGGCGAAGCAGCGCGCACCCAGCCCCGCGCCCGGGCCGCCCUCGCGCCGGGACGCGGGCCUGCAGGUGUCGCUGGGCGCAGCCGAGACGCGCUCCGUGGCCACCGGGCCCAUGACGCCCCAGGCCGCCGCUCCGCCCGCUUUCCCCGAAGUGCGGGUGCGGCCAGGCUCCGCGCUGGCGGCCGCCGUGGCGCCCCCGGAGGCGGCGGAGCCGGUGCGCGACGUGAGCUGGGAUGAAAAAGGCAUGACGUGGGAGGUGUACGGCGCCGCCAUGGAGGUGGAGGUGCUGGGCAUGGCCAUCCAGAAGCAUCUGGAGCGACAGAUCGAGGAGCACGGCCGCCAGGGGGCGCCCGCUCCGCCGCCCGCCGCCCGCCCAGGCUUGGGCACCGGCCGUGCGGGCUCCGUGCGCGCCGCGCCCCCGAGGGCGCCGCCAAACGCCCGCCGGGCCUUUUCCGCGCACUGCUGCAGAGUGUGCGCCGGCCGCGGUGCUGCUCGCGGGCCGGACCCACGGCCGAGUGAUCAGCUCCGUUUUUGUACGCCCGGGUUUCCAACCUUCUCAGGCUCCCUUCUUGACCGCAGGCCCCUAGAAGGGAUCCCCUCGAUACACGACAGAGCUGCGAGGGGGCGGGCAGCCUCUAGGGUCUUCUCAUCAUCCCGUCUUUCCAGCCCCCUCCCCUCUUAAACACAGAAACGAAUGCCCUCUACGUCAUGAGCCCACGAACCCAGCACUGACACCCCACUGUCCCCUAACAGCCCUCAGCCCCACCCUCUCCCGGUCACACUGGACAGCCUCCAGGGACCUGCUCGGCAGCCAUGCUCCCAGCCCUUAGAGCUGGGGGCAGGCUCCUGAGAUGUCCAGCUGGUGCGCUGGGUUCUCCAGCAGCAGCCAGGUCCCCAGAACGGGAGAGACUGUGUACAAAAGCCCCAAGUGUGCAAGGAUUGACGUGUGAGACCCCGGAUGUGCAAGGUCCCGGGUGUGUGCAAGGUCCCGGGUGUGUGCGAGUGCGUGUCCACGCGGUGGGCUGGCCCCAUGGCCUGGGCAUCUCUUGCAUGCUGGUAGUUGUCCCCAGUUCGGCUCCCCUUCCCCCUGGCCCAACCCUCAGCCCUCUCUCCACCCUCCCUGGACACUGGUUCACAAUUCCCAGACAGGCCAAAGGCAGCUGCAGGAGUGCCCUGGGGGCUAAAAGGACUAGAGUAGUCACAGAAAGGUGAUAGGACUCAGGCAGGUCUGGGGGGUCACAGUCAGAGGUUCACAGACAGCUUGAGUGACAGCUGGUCUUGGGUACCGGGGUUAGAAUGGAGGGCUCAUUCUACAACUACAGUAGUCCCUGAAAGACCAUCCUCUCCGGCCCCCUGUCUCCCAGUGCUAUGAGCUCCAUACAUCCCUGUGACCACUCAGUACCCCUGUCCCCACCCCUCCAGCCGUGGUUUUUGGCUACAAACUGUCACAAUAUACAUUGGUAAUAAAACACUCCCCCAACAC